GGUCGAACCGGGGCUGCCCCGCGUAUUAAAGCGGCUUAAGUUCGCGGCGGGAACGGACGGACAGACGGACACAUACACGGCAGACGUCAUGGCGAGCCCCUGCAUGGAGCUGAGCAACAAGAUGAAGAUGCCUGUCGUGGGACUGGGCACUUGGCAGGCUCCUCCAGGAAAGGUGGGAGAAGCAGUGAAGUAUGCUAUUGAUAUAGGCUACCGCCACUUUGACUGUGCCCAUCUCUACCGGAAUGAAAAUGAAAUAGGGAAUGCAAUCCAGCAGAAGAUCAAGGAGGGGGCUGUGAAACGCGAAGACCUCUUCAUUGUCACUAAGUUGUGGAACACAUUUCACGAGAGGUCGUUGGUUAAGGUAGCAUGCAAAAAGAGCCUUGAUGCACUGCAACUGGACUACUUUGACCUCUACUUGAUGCACUUCCCUAUGGGAUUUAAGGCUGGUGAAGAACUAAAUCCUGUGGAUGACAAGGGCAUGAGUAUCCCCAGUGAUACUGAUUUUCUGGACACUUGGGAGGCCAUGGAAGAGCUGGUGGACUGUGGUCUGGUAAAAGCCAUUGGUGUCUCCAACUUUAACCAUGAGCAAAUUGAAAGGGUCUUGAACAAGCCAGGACUGAAAUAUAAGCCAGUAAACAACCAGGUUGAAUGUCAUCCGUACUUAACACAGGAAAAGUUGAUCAAGUAUUGCCAAUCAAAAGGGAUUGCUGUGACUGCAUACAGCCCCCUUGGCUCUCCUAACCGCCCAUGGGCCAAGCCAGAGGAACCUAGGCUGCUAGACGAUCCCAAGAUUAAAGAGAUUGCAGCUAGCCAUCACAAAACCCCUGCCCAGGUUCUGAUCCGCUUUCUUAUCCAAAGAGAUAUGAGUGUCGUUCCCAAGUCUGACAAACCACAGCGUAUUCAAGAGAACAUCAAGGUGUUUGACUUUGAACUGUCUAAAAAGGAGAUGGAUGUCAUCAGCAGCCUAAACAGGAAUUGGAGGGCAAUUGCAGUGCUCCAAGCCGUCAAUCACAAGGACUACCCAUUCAAAGCAGAAUAUUAAUGCCAGUGGUUCAUGCGACACCUCCAUGUAACUCCUUCCACAAUUGAUAUACUCUGUAGCUGGGUCUUGAUUUCUUCUUUUGUACUUGCUAAUGGUUACAAGCCAUUAGUUGUCCUCCUUUUUUAGGAGGAGACUACUAGAUGGUAUAAGAAUGCAUCAAUAGGGAUGGGUCUUUUGUAAAGAUGGUUAUCAGAAAUCCAGUUUUCAUCAGUAGUAAAAGGCAAUGUCUCUCCAUUUCCUUUCUUCCUUGCCUUCCUUAAAGACAUAUUUAACAAAGUUCUGUUUACUUACAUAAUUUUUAUAUGUAUUAUUUCCAGUGCAGAAAUUCAUGCUGACUCAUGAACUGCUGAAUGAGAAUGCCCUCUGUAAUUACUUUGGUUUUUGCAUAGUUAUGAUUUUUAUAGUAUGAUUCUUUAAAUUUUGUAUGAAUAAAGUUUGUGUAACAAAUCUUAA